AUGCUAAACUUGGUCAAAAGACAAGUGUCUCAAGAUAAACGAAGAUUCCAAGAAGAUGGAUUUGAUUUAGAUCUCACAUACAUUGAACCUAGAAUUAUUGCCAUGGGAUAUCCCGCUGAAGGCAUUGAAUCAUAUUAUAGAAAUAAUAUGGUAGAUGUUGCUAUGUUACUCAAUCAAAAACAUUUAGGACAUUAUCGUGUAUAUAAUUUGACAGAAAAUCCAUAUGACCCUACACCAUUCCACAAUAAUGUAAAAUGGUUUCCUUUUCCUGAUCAUCAUAACCCCUCGUUAAUUGUACUUUGUCAUAUUGUUGAUGAUAUGUAUAAAUAUUAUACUGAAGAUCCUGCAAAUGUUGUUGUAGUUCAUUGUCUUGCAGGAAGAGGAAGAACAGGAACUGUUAUUACUUCAUUUUUACAGUACAUAAAAUUAUGUGCUACUCCACAAGAUGCAUUGGAUCAUUUUGCUUCUAUUCGUUCAAUGAAAAAUAAAGGAGUUUCAAUGCCAGCUCAAAUUCGAUAUGUUAAGUACUUUGGGGAAUUGUUAUCAAAACAAAUUUAUUUUGUUCAAACAACUUAUCUUCUACAAACACUUUCUAUUGGACCAUUACCUGAUCAAGGAACAAAUAAUGUAUCAUAUGAAUUAGACAUUUCUAGUAUUGAUCAAUAUUACAAACCAUUUAUUUGUAUUCAACCAUUAAUAUCCUCUUCACCUAGUUAUUCUUGUAUAUUUUCAGAGUUAACAAAUAAUAUUCAAGCAUCAUUUAACCCACCAAUUCCUUUAGCAGGAGAUAUAAAUAUUCGAGUUCGUUUAAUUAAUUCUAAUCCUAGUUAUGGUCAUACCAUUGUUGCACGUGCAUCUUUUCAUACAUAUUUUAUUGAUGGUAAUACACUUUCUUUUGAUUCUAAAACACUUGACAUAAGAAAUCCAUUUAAAUCAAAAGUGUCAAAUACUAUUCAACUUAAUUUAACAUUUUCUGGUUCAACUGUUCCAGUUCCAUUACCAGAACCAGAACUUAUUUUCUUACAACAAUUCUAUGAACAAUAUACUUCUUCAUCUCAAAAGAAACAAAAACCUACGUUUGUUAUUGGAUGUAGAUCAAAACCAAAUUCUGUUGAAAUUUCUAAAUCACCUCAAUCUGACUCUUCACCAAGUCUUGUAACAUCAACCUCUCCUUUAUCUCAAAACAGUGACUCUUCUGAAUUAAAAAUUCGUUUAGCACAACAAAGAAGAUUACAAUUAUCUCCAACAACAUCUUUCAAUCAACCAAAGAAAUCAUCAAAUGCUGUUACAUCAAAACUUUUUAAAUGA